AUGUCAGACGCACACCACUCCAGACUGAAGAACUUGCUGCCGUGCUGCCACGAUGCCAUUUAUUCUACACUUAUUCAUAGAGAUGUCCAAGAGACGUCCAACAUUCUGGUCUAUUUUUUGACUGUUCGAACAAGCAGACAAGACAUGCACAGUGGCACGACUCUUCUAGAACUGCCCGGCCAAAUGGGAGCUAGAUGCCGACCUUGGCGCCCUCCGCCUCCUGGCAGUGAAAAUCGCUUUAUCCCGUUACCGCCUACUCGGAAUGGUUAG